ACAUUGUCGGGUACAGUGCCAAUCGUUGGUUAUUCUCCAAAAUGGGGUGGACCUACCAUGUGUCUAAGUUGCCUGCAAUUUUUUGAUUUACCGGACCAGAUGGAGCCAUUCGAAGAACAUCUCUUGAAGGAGCAUAAAAUCGUUGUUUCAGAAAUGGGCCUCAUCGUUGAUCCAAAAAGAUAUAUCGAGCACUGGCGUCAGCGUUUCGCAAAAGAAAGUGUUGACAAAAUAUUCCCACGCGUUGAACCAAAAGAGGGCGAGAAGUUCUUUGGCGAUACUGACUAUUAUUAUAACAUGUCUGAACUAUUACCGGAAGAUUAUUCUCUCCGACAGCGUCUGGCCAUGCGUCGUCUUGAAGAAGCGCUUUCAUGUCAGCAGAGAGAACGUGAGGACAACAAUUUCCAACAACAAUGCAUUUUCUGCCGCUAUACAGCUCGCGGAAAUCGUUCGAAGAUUAUCCAUCACCUCUACAUGAUUCAUCACCUGAAUCUUGGAUCCCCUGAUAAUCUUGUGUUUGUGACAGAAUAUAUCGAGCAUCUCAAAGACAAGCUGACGGUAAGGCCUUACUCUUCGUUGUUACAGAGCCCAAAAUUUUGA